AUGUUUAGAUCUGGAAGAUUUAGAAAAGGGUUCUACUUUAAACAGUGGGAAAAUUUGGCCGUCAGCAAAAAACCAUUAAGACGCUUCCUAUGUCUGAAGUUGAGAAAAAGGAAGAAUAUGCAUUCCGUUGAGACCCAGAGGAUAGAAAAAAAAACGUUCCCACCAGAUAAGAUACUAACAGAUUUUUAA